AUGCAAAUAUUUUCAAGAUUUUAAGUCAACUGUGAAAACUUCCUUUUUGCUACUUUAAGAGGGAUCAUGCAUUCUACAUACCCUAACUGGAUCCUCUAAGAAAUCAAGCUUUAGUUCUAUGUGAUAAUGGCAGGUCACAGCUUUGGGUGGUUGAUUUUGCUGUUUCUAAUACAAAGGUUUUCUUGUGAAAUUCAUCCUGAAAAUCCCUUCAAAUUACAAGACUCUAACUUGACAGCUACAGAAGGGUCCUGCAUUGAAAUCAAAUGCCAAGUCUUAAAAUCUGUCACUGAUGAUCAGGCAUCCUGGUUUUGGAUGAAGGAUGCAGUUUGGAUAAACGGUAGUUUUAGUGCCACUACUAUUUUCAGUUCUUCUGAGUCAAAACAUCCUGUCAAUGCACACUUUGCAAAAAGGGUGAAAUAUGUCGGCUCUCCAGCUAUAAGUUGGAAAAAUCCUCCUUCCCCACUGUGUAGUAUAUUAAUUCGCGACCUGAAUAAAACUGACACUGGAAACUAUUCUUUUAGAUAUGUAGGAACAUCUUCAACUAAUAUUUGGACUACUCAACCAUUUAUGAACCUCACAGUCACAGAUGCUCCCAAAGACAUGUCUGCAACUAUAAGCUCUAAUGUUGUAAAAGAAGGAGAGUCUGUCAGUUUCACUUGCUCUGCUAAAGGACAACCUAAACCCACUUUUAAAUGGACUAAAGAUGUUCGAGAUCUUGACUCAAAUGCCAAUUGGAUGAUCUCAUCAAUUAAUGCAUCCCAGAGUGGAUCAUAUACCUGUAAAGCUGAAAACAAACAUGGGAGUAAAGAAUCAGUGGUGACUGUCGGGGUUAUUUAUGCCCCUGAUGUUGACAUAGAGAUUUCACAGGAGCCCAAAAGAAGUCCAAAAACGAUUAUACAAGGAGAUAAAGUCACUUUUACAUGUUCUGUUAAGAGAAGCAACCCACAACCGCACUCUUUUGCUUGGCUGAAAGACAAAACACAUAUUGAUUCAAAACAGGAAACUGUUGUUAAAAACAUACAGCCAGAAGACAGUGGUACAUACAAAUGUAGUGCCGAGAACACUGUGGGCUCUGGAUCAAAAACUCUUCAACUUACAGUAGAAUACAAACCAAGGAAAACCAGCAUUUCUAUCCAUCAAACAAGUGUGAAAAUUAAUACAUCCGCCACAUUCACUUGUUUAACUGAUGCAUAUCCAGCCCCUUCGAGCUAUUCCUGGUUCCAUUAUAAGCAGACCGACCUCUCCCAGAAGAAGAUGCUCAUGGAUUUCAGAACUCUUCACUUAGAAAAAGUAAAAAGAGCAGAUGAAGGAUGUUAUAUAUGCAACGCGAGCAACAGCAUUGACACAGGGGACACUAGUAAGCCAGUGUGCAUAGAAGUAAUGUUUCCUCCCAAUAAUACCAAUCUGUACAUGACUGAGUUGGUCACUGAAGGCAAGCCUGUCGAAGUCAACUGCACUGCUGAAAGUUACCCACCGCCAACUUUCACCCUGUCAAGAUAUUCUAAAUUAAAUUCUCAGACUCCAGAAUGGAGUUUAACUUUAGACAACUCCUCCUACAAAUUUAAGGCAACUUUAACAAACGCAGGCUUUUACACCUGCAAUGCCUUCAACAGCGAAGGAAACAAGUGGAGCUCAAAAAAGCAACUGGUGGUGAAAUAUAGCCCCAGAGAAGUGAAAAUAAAAGCUCAUCCUGAUCUUAUUGUAAAAGAGAAUGAGUCAUUAACACUGGAUUGCAGUGCCGACUCCUACCCCUCAGUAAGCUCCUUCACCUGGAGUAAGAUGAUCGAUGGGACGAAGGAAACCACCAUAAGCAAUAGGACACCGCUCAUUGUGAAUUCUGCCAGUGUCUCUGACAGCGGGAAGUACCGCUGUACGGCCAAAAAUGAAAUUGGAACGGGGAAAUCAGAGCAAGUUGAAGUUAAAGUUAAGCAUGGUCCAAAAUUCACAAAGAUUGAAAAAGUAAUGGAAGAAACGAUUAAUGAUGUGACAACAGUGACCCUGAGGUGCAUCAGUCAGUGCUAUCCUGAAGUCACACAAUAUUCAUGGUACCAGAGGAUAAACAAAAAAGAGAGCAAAAAUGUAGGAAACGAUAAGUAUAUUUCAGUAAGAUCAGACCAGCCUGGGGAGUACUACUGCAUCGCAAAAAACAAGAUUGGUGAAAGAUCAUCUGAGCCAAUCAAGCUAUUUGAUGACACAGUUAUGAAGAUUGUGGAGGCCUUCUCGCUUUGUCUUAUUUUUCUAAUUGCAUGCAUACUCAUCUUUUUGUACAGACGCAGAAGGAACAAUUUAAUUCAACAAAGAACUACAAAUGUGUGGUGCUGGAGUAGUUUUCUGGGUUCCUGGAAUGGAGUCAGCAGGAGCAGUGGGAAUCAGAGUGGUUUGGCAGAGCCGUUCAGGAGCAGAGAUGACCUCUUGCUAGACCAGCCAUGUCAACCAAAUGCCCAACGACCCCAGCGUCAUCCAGACAGCACGACUGCAUCCAACGUGAACACUGUUUACUCUACUGUGAAUCUGCCCAAAAGCGAACAGGCUGCCUCUGCACAAAACCCAAUCAAAGGACAUGGUGGAAACAUGGGAAAUGAUUCUCUCAACUACGCUUCUGUGUUCUUUGCGAAUAGAAAGAAGGAUCCAGAGGAGGAUGCUGAGUACUCUGUGGUGUCAAAGCCAAAGAAGUCAAAAGCGACAGAACAAGAAGGGCAGGAGGACUAUGAGAACAUCGGCGAUGAACUUCCACCCAAACCUCCAUAUACAUAUAACUUUGACUCAGACACAGAUACCAGUGAAGAUGAAGUAGAGGUCAACUAUGCUCAUGUGAACUUUAAGCCAAAGUCUGGGCACCAGCGAGCAAAGAAAGGCUCCAGCAGCAGCAGCGAAGAUGAGCCUCAGUACUCUCAGGUCAAAAUUUGACUAAAAAUGCUUUGACACUAUUCAGACAUCUCUGCCAGUUUGUGCCAUGGAUGUUCUGAAAUAUAUUUGCCAGGCUAACUAUACUGAACAAGGCUUGUAUUACUUCAUUGUUUCU